AUGAUGAUUUUUCUUUUGAUAGUUCGAUUGAUCCAGUCAAUCAUUGUUGUCACUGAUACUGCUCAAAACAUUGUAUUCCGUCAAUUUCUUUAUGAAUUUAGCUUUGAAAUGGGUUUCACUACACUUGGUGUUUAUCUAUUUGGGAUCAUUCAUGCGCUUCGAGAGAGUGAUCGUGUUAUCUUUGAUCAGUGGAUCUAUUCUCCUCGAGUUGCUGAUAUUUUAUGUACUGCUAUUAUAGUAGGACCUUAUGUUACUAAUACUACUUGUUCACUUGGUGCUGGUAUCAGUGCAUAUCUUGGACAUACUGAUAUGGCGAAUGAUUUUGCAUCGGCUUUAUAUAUUGUAUGGUCUGGACAUUGUUUAGCUUUAUCUUCUUUGACUUUAUUUGCUGGAUGGCGAUUACUACGUAUUUUAAACCAACAUAUCAAAAUGAAAGAAGAAAGAAAGACUACUAUUGACAUAUCCAAGGUCAAACUUGGCGCACAAAAGGUCAAAAUCAUUGCCCUUACAUCUUCUAUUUGUUUAUUCCUUUAUAUUGGUGUGGCUAUUGGUUAUGGUGUUUUCCGAGUUCCAAUUCAUACCCAUGUACCUUAUAGUAUCUUUUUGAUCAUUGCUUGGAAUGGUCUAGGUAUACUUGCUUCCAUGUUUAUUUCUUUUGCUGUGAUAUUACAUCCCAAGAUGAAGUUAUCUUUAUUGUUCACUUCUGAUACAUCUGGAGCAGGGCGUAGUCAUGGUAUGGAGCUGGACUCAAGCAAAAGAAACGAUAGUAGUAACAGCAAUAAAAUGACAACUUCAAACAAUUUCAACUUUGAAACUUCAGCAGGUAACAGCAAUCAUAUCGAUAGUGCUUUUGAUACCCAUACGUUUACUGACAGCAUGCAAUAUACAAGCAAAAUCAGUGAUGUCGGUGCCCAAUAUAACAAUGAAGGACGAAAUUACACAUCAAUGGAUGCUGCCCCAACUUUAUCAACUGCCAUCGCCAUGAAGUAUAGCAAUGCAAGUAAUCCUUUGGUAUUGGAUGAUUGUGAUAUGGAACUGGUGCAUGCUUAUCCCGAAUCAACAAAGUCUUGCUCUCAUUUGGUGGAUGAUAAGAUUUCACGUUAUUAG